AUGACGAGACGGCGAGGCAGACGCAGCAGAGAAGACGAAGGCAGAAGCAGAGCAGACAGCGUGAGAAGAGACGACGGCGCUGCAGAUGACCCGCUGGUAGCUCUGCUGGUUACAAUGGGAGGAGCUACCGGUGUCAUCAAGACACUGUUCAUUCCGGCGCUGAUAUCCCUGGUCCUCUACCUGACCAUAUCCUUUGUCAUAGCCCCCUUCAUCCGGCUGCACCGGCAGCGAUACUCCCAGUACCUCCCCUUGCAUACCAUAUCAGUGCAUACGACCUCGCUGAGAGACAGGACGUUCGACGCCCUCAUGAACAUCACCCUACCUUCGUCAUGGAGACACAGAAGCCUAGCCCACGAACAGGACUCAGACAGCUUGUUCGACGAUGACGGUGAAGAUGGCUAUGAGCUGAGCGAGUCGAGGCGGGAGGCCCUGGACCAGGAGCGGAGAGAGGCACGGCUCGCCCGGGAACUGGAGGAUGGCUUCAUACCAGACAGCGAUGGGGAAGAUACCCCAGGAACUAGGCGGAUAUGA